CUUAAACAUUUGUAUGUUAAUAAAAUUGUACACAAAAUUCUGCAGUCAUAUACACGAGUCUGAGAAAUUGUGCGGGUUAGGAUUUUUUUCAUGUGAGUAUGAAUCUAAAAGCUGUGAGAGUAAAGUCUUGUGAAUACAACUCUAAUUUCUACGACUACGAAGUCUUUUCUGUGAACACGAAUUCAAGUUUGUGGGUACGAGUAGAAAAGUGCUGAAAUGACGUCACGUAGGUCACAGGCAGGUCACAGGGAAAAGUAAUCGAACCUCGAUUCCUCCAAUCGCGCAUGCGUCAAAGCAAAAUGGCUGACAGCAGUGGACCGGGUGGAGCUACCCGCUCAGGAGAAGCAUCACAGGUAAAGUCAACAACGUGUAUAUCCAAUAUUUAUUUAAUAAAAUUGUUCUUUAUUAAACAGUGUACAGUUCGUGGACUUACAGACUUACUCCUUUAGCUCGCAAGCUAAUGACAUGCCGGUGACGCUAAGUUAGUGCUGCUAGCUAGCUUUACUUGCAUCAGAAGUUGGCUUGUGCUAGUUAAUUAGCAUUGACCUGCGAAAUAUGAAAUGAUUAAUUUGCGACAUAAUGUUGAACAAACAGAAAUAACAGGCCAUAAGAUGCAGCGAUUGGCAACAUUGAAUAGAGCCUUAUAAUAAUUAUUAUUAUUAUUUGCCUGCAGUCAGUUGCUUGAGAUUUGGCCCGCAAGUGUAGUUUGCAUGGGUCCAGAUCGGCUUGCUGUCUGCUGACCCAAACUCAGACUUUUAGUUAAGAAGAAGUUCGUUUGCAGGCACUCUGUACAACCGUAAAAAAUGCCCAUGUCUGUAACAUUUGCUAUUCAAUUUUUGUCUUUUUCUCACUCAGGUCCAAUUGAGAGACAUCAUCAACACAGCACAAAAUCUGGUGUUGAUGUUAAGUAAUAGUGUACAAGCGAAUGUCAGGCCAAUGAGACAGGAAAAUACAGGAGAAGCUGCUGUUGGACAGGGAGCACAGUCAGUUCCAGCAGGGAGGUCUCAGCAGGCAGUUCAACAACUUAUAUGAUCUCAGAACAGUGGCCCUGGUCUGUCAGUGAAACAAGAAAUGGCACGGUACGGUGCAUGGGUCAUGUAUUGCACUCUCAGUGCAGGCACAUUUGGACAAACUAGGUCCCUGAUUUAAGUAGAAGGUAGAGAAACGUCUGCAGAUGUUUUAAAUUCCAUUAUUUACCUUAGAAUAUUUUCUGGGCUUCAGACCAUCACCAUGUGAACUAAGGCAUAAAACAAAUUAAACAAAUUUAUAUAAGCUAACAUGGUCAUGGAAUGUAGACAUCUUCUGAGUUAGGUUGUUUUUUGUUGAUGGAAUAUGAAAGAUCAGAAUAAUAGUAUGACUUCUUUUUAGGUUCUUUCCAGGAUUUUUUCAGAAGGAGGCAAGAGGCAAAAGGCGUUUUGCACCAUAUAGGACAAAAGAAUCUGGGAAGAGUUUUUUGGUGAGCUUUUUUCGUCUUGAAAAACAGUAUGAAAAAACACCAAAAGGAGACGAGGAACUGCCACUCAUGCUGGAUGGUCUUGGAAAGCGUUCAUUAACCAUAUAUGAAAACAUGACACAUUCAGAGUUUUCAGAGUUGCUUGUGAGUGCAUAUCCAAGAUUGGCAAAUAUCUGUGGUGGCUGGAUGCUGCACAAAUCCACAGGUGGGGGUGGGUGGCGGAGCUUGGUUGUUAUUCCUCCAGAUCUACAUGGAUACACUGGCCAGCAGCUAAAAGCAGUGAGCGGAAAUGGAAGAUACACAAUGUACAUUUCUCCUUUACAAGAAGAACUUGAUACAGUUCCAUUACCACCCAAAGCAAAGGAGUUUGAGAAAAUGCCCAAAGCCCAGUGUACAACCUGCAAGAAAAUGGUUCCACUUCAGAUUCUUCCAGUACACAUCAAGGAAUGCAAGACAGAACUUGUAGAUUUGUCCUAUUCUGCUGAAGAGGAAAACUGCAAUGAAGAACAUGAAGAUGAAUUCCCAGAUUCCAUUUGCAACCAGACAGACCCUCAGAUAAUGACGGCCAUGAGUCAAGUGGAUCAGUACCAGUCGGUCAAAUCAGUUCCUUUCAAAGCUCCACCUCCUUCAUACGAAGGGCCAGCUUCAGGUCCUCCGUAUCCACACCGGCCUGUAGGAGAGCGACAGGAUCAGGAGAGGCCAGAGCGGGUGUGGCAGCCUCUGCUCCCACAUCCCCCAGGCCGCCGGGGAUCGGCUUGGCCGUGGUCACCUCCGCUUCCAUCAGACUUGGCUACCCACAGAAGCACUGACAUACUUUGA